AUGCUUCGAUCAAGCAGUGGUAAAUUAUAUACCACCUCUAAAAUCACUAAGCAGGCUGUGGUAAAUAUUUUACCACCAAAUGCAAGUGUUUACUUGAUUAAUUUAAGGAAGACAUGGGAAAAACUUCUGCUUGCUGCCAGGGCUAUAGUAGCCAUUGAAAAUCCUGCCGAUAUCUGUGUUAUCUCUUCCAGAACAUAUGGACAGCGUGCUGUUCUCAAAUUUGCAUCUGCCACCGGAGCUACUCCAAUUGCUGGCCGAUUUACUCCUGGAACUUUCACUAAUCAGAUUCAAGCUGCUUUCCGAGAGCCUAGGUUACUUGUUGUAACAGACCCUCGUGUUGACCAUCAACCCUUGACCGAAGCUUCUUACGUCAAUAUACCAGUUAUUGCAUUUUGCAAUACCGAUUCUCCACUUCGUUAUGUCGACAUAGCCAUACCCUGUAAUAACAAGGGGCCUCAUUCCAUUGGGUUGAUGUGGUGGAUGCUUGCAAGAGAAGUUCUGCGCAUGAGAGGAACAAUCAGUCGUGAACUGAAAUGGGAUGUUAUGGUGGAUCUGUAUUUCUAUAGAGAUCCUGAAGAUGCUGAAAAGGAAGAGCAGGCAGCGGUUCAAGCUGAAAGACCUGUCAAAGAUGUGCCUGAAUUUCCAUCUGAACCAUGGGGUGGUGGAGAUGUUGCACCUAAUCCUACUGAAGUUACUGAUUGGUCUGCUGCUGAACCUCAGACAGUUGGAUAUACGGAUCCUGCAGAAGACUGGUCUGCUCAGACAAAUGAUUGGUCCACGCCAGCUAAUAUACCACCAGUAGGACCUGCAACUACUGCACCGAUACCUCCAUCUAAUGACUGGGCAGAUGGUGGAUGGCCCUAG